AUGGCGAAGAUAGUGGAGGAACUGGUGGCGAGGGGAAAUGACAUCCUGAUGAUCAUACCGGAGAGCGACCUGUCCACAAUGGACAAGGUGAAUGCCAGCGGAUUCCAAGUAACCACCUACAAGGCAGCAUUCACCAAGCAGGAAGUGAAGGAGCUGGUGCGAGGGACUAGGGAGGCUGUGGGCAACAACUUUCUGGGCAGCCUGGAGAGUUUUCUGGUCUACCUGGACUCGCUCAUGAAGUACUGCGAGCUCUUCCUGGAAGACGGCGAAGCAGCGGCCGUCAUGAAGGAGUUUGACGCGGAUGUGCUGCUCGGAGACGUGGCGUACGCGUGCGCGAUGGGGCAGAGUGAGCUGCUGCGCCGGGGCGAUCCGCGCGGGCGGCUGCCGCGAGUCAUGGUCAGCGCGCUGCCCAUCCUGGAUCCUCUGGUGCCCGGCCGCAUGGAGAACAUGCCCAACAAUCUGGCCUACGUUCCCCAGCUCGGCACCUCCCUCUCCAAUCGCAUGACCUUCCUGCAGCGUGUGAAGAACCUGGCCUUCUACUGCGGAAGCCUCCUCGGCGAGCAGCUGCGCGCGCUGCCCCUAUACACCCGAUUGGGGACAGUUCACGGGGUGGAUUGUCUGGCCACCUCGACGGUCCACGGCUCCGCCAUGUUCCUGUACAACAUGGACUUUGCCAUGGAGUGGCCCCGGCCGCUACCGCCCACCGUGCAGCUCGUGGGCGCCCUUCUGCCGGCAGCCGCCAAGCCGCUGCCCCCGGCCUUCCAGGCGCUGCUUGAGGAGGCGGGCCCGGAGGGGGCAGUGUAUGCAUCGAUGGGCACGCUGUGCAACUUCGGCGCGGGCGAGUUCGUGGAGAUUGCGCGCGCAUUGUCUGCCCUGCCAAACUUAGUCAUUUGGAAGCUCGCCCCCGGAGACCUGCCCGGCAACGCCACCGUGGCAUCCCUCAACCUCAACCCCAAUGUCAAGGUGGUUGACUGGACGCCCCAGAACGAUCUGCUGGGCGACCCUCGCGUGCGCGCAUUCGUCACCCACGGCGGCCUCAACUCCAUCUACGAGGCACGCCCUGCUCGCACUCUCCUUUCAUCCUUCUGCCAGUCAGCUACACAAUCACAGGCGCUACUUUACCCUGCGGCGUAUCACGGCAUCCCAGUCGUGGGCCUGCCAGUGUUCGGAGACCAGCCGGACAACGUGAUGAAGGCGGUGUACAGGGGCUUCGGCCUAAUGAUUCCCCCGGGGACAAUCACCGCUGACUCGCUGCUGGCGGCCGCGCUGCGAGUCAUGGCCGAGCCCAGCUUCCGGGAAGCUGCGCGGAAGGUGUCGCUACGCAUGCGCGCGCACCGCCUGACACCCGCCCAGAAGGCCGCAGACUGGGUGGAGCAUGUGAUGGCAACUGGGGGGGACACCUAUCUGAAGACGCCAGAGCACCUGCUGCCGUGGCACGUGGACGAGAAGAUUCGCGCGAGGGGUAUCGGAGAUGCCUCGGCGCUAUUUGUGCCGUGCGUGGCCGCCGCCGCCGCCGCCGUCGGAGCGGGGCUUGUGCUGGCAACAUCUGAUCUGCGCAGCUAG